CAGCGACAUAAGCAUUACGCUAACUGCUGGUCCCAGGACCAUGAAAUUUAAAUUCAGUGUUUGAGAUCUAGUUCUUCAGGGUUGGAUGAUUCUUGGAAUACUGUCCUUCUUGCUUGGAAAUUGAUCAGGGAUGAUCACCUAAUGAAAAGUAUAAGGCCCUUGGACAAGGUUAGAAGUGUCUUGCCUUUUUAUUCCGUCAUCUCAAACCCCAAGAGUAGAAUCCACAAUUACAAGUUUACACAAAUAUAGAUCUCAUGUGAUAUAUAAUUAUAUCAUUUAUAAAUCAAUGACAUUUUUUCUCUUUUGGUUGUAUCAUGUAAUGUGUACCGAAGAAAUUAUGCAUGCACAGUUUCUAAAUCUGUUGGAAUUGUUUGUGGAAUCAAAGGUUUCCACUACAAGGAAUCCCAACAUGCUGGUCAGAAUUUUGAACAGAAAUCAAGCUGAAGAAACAUUCUGCAGUAUUAGUAGCCAGAGUGUCAGCAGAUGUGAUAGGGAGCCUAAAAGAAUCGAUUCUCAUGAAAAGUUUCAAAUGAGGUCAGUUUGUGUGAAUUCUCCCAUAAAGUCCUCAACUUGUCUAAGGCUGUUGCAGUCUCCCACCUUGAAUUCACUUAUCUAUAUACAAAAAAAAAAAAAGGAACAUCUUGCAUUUAAUUCUAAGUCUUCAACGACUUGUUCAGAAUUGGUAUUUGUUUUCACCACUAUGCCAUCUGUUAAUCGUAUUUCUGACAGGGAAAUGAGUUCUCCUCUUGACUGUUUACCUAUGUUGGCUAAGCAAAGUACAGGCUGUAUAUGUCCUAUUAGUGACCCAAACUUAGACUUGAAUUCUGAAGAAAGAUGAAUGGUUUUAAAAAAAUCAGAAUUGCUAAGCUGUGAACACUUUGGAGGCAUAGAGGAACAUUCUCAAGAAUCUGAGACUUCCAAGUCUCUUGUGUAACUUUACAAUGUAAAAGAGGCCAAAGAUUCAGGUUUGGAUGUUUCCGCCUUAAAACUAUCUGUACAAAAAUCAAGUACCUUCAACAGUGUUAAUGCCAGUGUGUGUCAUCGUUCAGUUUUGGGGAGACAGUCUUUUCUGUAAGGUGGUAAUAAAAGGAAUUCAUCUAGUCCCUCAGCUUUCUUCACAGAAAAACAAAACAAAAUAAACAAAAAACAUACCUUCACUAUUUAUGAAGAAAAUGCUACAUCAUCAGACUCCUCCACAUUAAGAAGUUUUCCCCAGAAGGUUAUUCCCUCUAUAUUAACUUAUAUUAACUUACAAGAACCUUGGAAGAGUGGGAAAAUGACACUUCCCUUAUGCAAAUAUGACACAAGAUCGAGAUCUGUUGUUUCUAAUAAUGGACCAAUCCUUAGAGAAGUCAUUUACUGUUACCUUAUUAGGAAAUACCAAGACAACAGAAAAUGUCAUGGUUAUUUCAGAUGGGAAGAAAAACUUCAAAGGGAAGGCGUAGUUCUGUCUCACUCCACAGGGAGACCAACUGCUAGUUCAGAAACAAGCUGACAGAAUUUUCCUACUAAAAUUUUUUUAACUCAGACCUUCGAUGUAAUGUGUGAAUUAAUGAACUUUAAUAUGACUUUUAGUGUAGGAAAGAUAAAAUAUAGAGCUUAUAGUUAUGAGGACUGAGAGACCAUAUCUGAGCUCUGUAUUAAACACACACACACAGAACUGAAAAAGAAAAAAGAAAAAUUUCAUGACUUUUUAUUUUCAUUUACCAGUUCUGAAACAUCUGUCUUUUCUGUGUUCACUUAUGAAUUCCCAAACACAAGUAUUUUGGUAAUGUGUAGUUCAUAUAUUAAUAUUAGCUGAAUUUAUCAUACUUUCUUGAAGAACCACAAUGAAAUAUUUUGUAAACUAUGUUAAGUUGAAUAAAAUAAGCAACAAUAGUAUAUGAUACCUCAUUUUUUCAUUUUAAAAUUUGCUAUAGGGCAUGUGG